AUGUCAAGAUCAUCAGCUCUUGGCACCUUCGUGGAGUCUGCACCUCCUGGCGAGCUUGCGGACGUCACGAAAGCAAUUAAGUCGAUCCUCGGUGACGGCAAUGUAGAGACCGAGCUUGCGCCCGCAUACGAGAAGUACAACGAGGAGCAGUUCACCACCACCAAGCUCCCCGGAGGCAGCACCGAGAUCCUGGUCAGCCCCUACAACUCGCUGGGCGACGGGCGCUACUACGAUGUCGAGACACAAAGCUCCUUCGACUUCGACCAUGCGACACAGAAGGCCAGCGCAGUGCAGAGCUACGUAGCAGAGUCUCAGCACGAGGAUCUGGUCAAGAGCCUCGUCAAGAGCCUCGGAACCCACACCACUGAGCACUACCCUAAGUCCUCCUAUGGCGUCUUCUCUAUCGAAGAUGACUCCCAGCUCGCCCUCGUAACCGUCGCGAAUAAGUACUCGCCCACAAACUACUGGAACGGCCGCUGGCGCUCGUCCUACUUCUACAACCCCUCUUCCGGCAGCCUGAACGGCACAAUCAAGGUCGACGUACACUACUACGAGGAUGGCAACGUGCGAUUGCUCACAAACAAGGACAUCAGCUUGAACGUCAGCUCAGGCGCAAGUGCGAGUGAGAUCGUAAGGCAAAUCGCGACAGUCGAGAAGAAGUAUCAGGAAGACUUGAACAAGGCGUUCGGCAAUCUCAGCGAAGGUGCUUUCAAGAGCUUGAGGAGACAACUGCCUAUCACGAGGCAGAAGAUUGAGUGGGAGAAGAUCAGUGGGUACAGGCUGGGUCAGGACAUUGGUGGUGGUGCCAGGCGGUGA